AUAUAAAUUUACACGACUCAUUCACUCACACAAACAAACCCCAAAAGCAUUAAUAACUCCUUCCUUUGUUUCUUCCGUCACCACUCGCAGUUUCAUCACUUCGCCAUACGUAAUCUUUGAUUGGAUCUUUGUAUUCUUGUGUUCUUGUUUUCCAAACAGGGCAUAAGCCUGUGAGAAGAAAGUGCGAUAUGCAGGGUACAUGGCGUGAAUACCCGAUUCCUUGGGUGCUGCUCUACCAACCCCCACCACCGCAUUAGAUAAAUUCUGUUUUGGAAUCGGACAAAGGUUCGAGUGAGCGAUUCAAAAGCCCAAAGCCAGAGAAAGCGAAAUGAUUGAUUCGGUUCUUCUCGCGCUUUUCUUGCCCUGCCUCGGUAUGAGUGCGGUUUUCAUCGUUUACAUGUGCCUUCUGUGGUACGCCACCACCCGCCACCACCCCCCUGGUAACGCCUUACCGGUGAAGCAGGUCGCUGACAAGGGUCUCUCUUCCCUAGAGCUAGAGAAGCUUCCUAAAAUUACCGGCAAAGAACUGGUCUUGGGCACUGAAUGCGCCGUCUGCCUCGACGAGAUCGAAGGCGAGCAACCGGCUAGACUGGUUCCUGGUUGCAACCAUGGCUUCCAUGUCCAUUGCGCUGAUACAUGGCUCUCCAAUCACCCACUUUGUCCUGUAUGUAGGACGAAACUCGAUCCUCAAAUUUUCAGUUCUAAUAUUCCCUGAACAUUCCAAUCCUUCGCUAUUAUUCAAUCAAUAAAUAAGAGAAUUAUUAUUAUUAUU